AAAUAAAAGUUUACAGCCUCUGCAUCCGCUUAAGAGAGUCUAGAAAAAGAUUCAAAAGGAAAAAGGGGAAGGAUUAAUAAGAAGGGUUGGCUGGGAAGAUGGGAACAAGCAACCAGUUGAUUGGUUUACUCAACUUCUUAACGUUCCUGCUGUCCAUUCCUAUACUGGGAGGAGGCAUAUGGCUGAGCAGCAGAGCAAACAACACAGACUGCCUCACCUUCCUCCAGUGGCCUCUCAUCGUCAUCGGAAUCAGCAUCAUGGUCGUCUCUCUUGCGGGUUUCGCCGGCGCCUGUUACCGCAACACCUUCCUAAUGCGCCUCUACCUGGUCGUCAUGUUCAUCGUCAUUGCAGCUCUGAUCGGCUUCAUCAUCUUCGCCUAUGCCGUGACGGAGAAGGGUUCCGGUCGGGCGGUGAUGAACCGGGCCUAUGUAGACUACUAUCUGGAGGAUCAUUCGGGUUGGUUGGAGGAGCGGGUGGCCAGUGAUACCUACUGGGGAAAGAUUAGCUCUUGCAUCAGGGACUCCAAGGUUUGCAGAAAGAUGGUGAGAACUGUUGGUGGAAUGCCUGAAACUGCUGAUAUGUUCUUCCACAGAAGGCUCACUCCUAUCCAGUCUGGUUGCUGCAAGCCUCCUACAGAGUGUGGGUACGUGUACGAGAGGGAGACGGUGUGGAACCCGGGGGUGGGGGUUGGGGCGGGAGCCAACGCAGACUGCGGCAGGUGGAGCAACGAUCAGAGUCAGUUGUGUUAUGAGUGCGACUCGUGCAAGGCUGGGGUUGUGGCCAGCCUUAAGAAGAGCUGGAGGAAGGUUUCUGUUAUCAACAUCGUCGUCAUGAUCAUCCUCGUCAUCGCUUACAUCAUCGCUUAUGCUGCUUUCAGAAACGACCGCAAGAUCGACAACGAUGAACCCGCCGGCGAAGCUCGCAUGACCAAAGUUGAACCUGCCAGGUUUCAUUUUUAGUUACUUUAAUUUGCUCUCAUCGUCUGCAUGUGUAUAUUAUGCCUUUUCCUGAUCCAUUCAGAUUUCCUGCAAGACAUAUGUUUAAUGCCUUCCUCUUUUAAUUGUACUUAUUGCUGAGAUCCACCGGUUUGAUAUAGUGCAGAAACCAUUGCAGAGACAA